AUGGCUUUUCAACUUGUUCCUUCAAUUGCUGUUCUCUUGACUCUUAUUGUAUUUUUCCUUUGCCUUCUUACCUUUGCGGGUGUCCCUCAUACUGACCUUCCUCAAGAUAAUAGCCGUUGGUUAAAAUAUCCUGCGUGGCAUCCUCCUCUUAAAGGCGCAAGGUGGACCGCAAAUCCUCCAACCCUUCCUAAACUCCAGUCUGUUUUUGUCAGCGAAACCGAAAACGGCACCAAAAAAAUUUCGGCUUAUGGGUUUAAUCGUCUUUUAGUUCUUUAUAGUUUUAUUACCAUGUUGACUUUGUCUUCAAUUCUUAUCUUCGAUAUUGGUAAAUUUUGGGUGGCCCUUGGUAUCCUUCAUAAUGCCUCCGAAUUUUCGGUUUUGGUUUUAAUAGGCUCUGGUGGAAAGAUCAGAAGUAAUCUUUUUUGGGGAAUUCUAUGUUGCUAUUGGUUCUUUGUUUAUAUUGGUUCUCUUCUCAUAGAGUGGCCUUAUGAUGCUGUUUGGUUUAAAUUCCAAGGUCUCUGUUUUGACUAUGCUCUUAUGUUCACUUUCAUCCGUAUCUACAUCAAUACAAACCAAAAACUUAAGAAUUAUAAUCAUGAACAUGUUCCUCUUAAUCGGGAUGAU